CCUUUAUUUUUAUGAAAAUCAGUGUUAGAGUUUGUGAGCUACUGAACAAGAAAUUCGAUCUACCACAAGUCAAUUCAAAUGAACUAAUUAUUUUAAAAGGAGGAAUUUGCACUUCUCCAUAAAAACACUUAAAAAUGUGUAUUAUACCGUAACUAAAAGAGAAUCUGUGAAGUGUGUAUUUUAAAUUAAGUGAUAGAAUUGCACAUCUGAUUAUUAAAACUGUGAUGCCACUAGAGACAACCAAAGACAAUGCUCGAAAAAACUCAAUUACCACGUCCAUGUCAGCCCCCUUACUACUGUCAGAAUUGUCCCCCACGAGAAAGAUUCAUAACAAGAGACUGACAAUUGUAAGACAUGGGGAUAGUUUGGAAAAUGAUAGAUUUAUGAGUCAGCCCCACAUUUUGAGUUACUGUGAUGGGGAAGUUGAGGUGAAGCCAAGACACCCCCAUCUGGAAAAUAUAACGGGGAAACCCAGUUCAUGUGAUAAACUGGAUAUGGAUGCUAUGUCUGUUGUUAAUCUGUAUAAAAGUGCUGAUAAUUUGGAUUCCGAAAUGGAUACUGAAAGAGACUUCUCCGACAAUCCACCGAAAAAGAAACCUAGAAUUAUACUCUCCGAAAGUUCACUCGAAUCGCAAGAAUGUGAUACUCAACCAAAUCAUAACGAAUCUAGUCAUAAAAGUCCUAAAAGUAAUUUAUCGUGUCGUAUCCCUUCGAUUUACUUCAACGACGGGAUGAGGUCAGUUGAUUUUGUCCUCGUAUGGGACGCUUUCACAGAAACUGCCAUAACACCACAAGCUUACCAAAAACGUAAACUUUUCGAAAAUAAUCUAUUGAAGGAGGGACUGGAGUUGGAGUACGUGCCCCAAGAGAGCAACGGUUUGAAUUUUAUUAAAAUACAUGCACCAAAAGAAGUGCUGCGGAGGUAUAGCGAAAUCUUGAAGUUGCGGAUGCCAAUGCGAGAGGGGUUGUGUAAAUUGCCACGAGAGUUCCGUCACAAUCGUUUGUACAAUGCCACUGCCUUUAUUCGUCAGAUGCCAGCGUUUCGUCAAAUGCACUCAAGGACCAACUUCAUAGUCGAAGGCAUUACCAGUCAGUGGGACAAACUCAAGGCUUACGUUAUCGUCGAUUCUGAGAAAUUCCCCGAGAAGGAUCAACGAUUUACAGCGAUUUACAGCCGUGACAGAGAAUAUUUAUUCGAUGUUGAUUCGCCUUGUUUUUUCACUCCGGCCAUUCAUUCACGAAUCGUUCAGUUUAUUUUGGACAGGAAACGCUUCAGUGAUAAUCAUCACGACGAUUUUGCCUUUGGUAUUGAGAGGCUUUUGAAUGAGAGUGUCUACAGCGCGGCGUAUCCUCUACAUGAUGGCGACUUGCGAGACUCCGGGUCCCUCCGCCACCUCCUCUACAACGAAUGGACAGCCCUUAGUAAAUGGUACCGCUACCAACCCCUGGACUACGUCAAAGAGUAUUUUGGCGUAAAAAUCGCACUGUAUUUCGCCUGGUUGGGUUUCUACACCCACAUGCUCCUCCCAGCAGCUGUUGUCGGCUUAGCAUGUUUCAUUUAUUCCUGUGUCACCCUGUAUUCCAACAAACCGAGCGAAGAUAUCUGCAACGGCAACUUCACCUUUAAAAUGUGCCCUUUGUGCAACCACUGGUGCAACUACUGGGACCUGAAAGAGACUUGCACGCAUGCUAGAAUUACCUACUUAUUCGAUAACGCCACUACGGUGUUUUUUGCGAUUUUCAUGUCUUUUUGGGCGGCGUUAUUUCUGGAGUUGUGGAAACGAUAUUCGGCGGAAAUUACCCACAGGUGGGAUUUGACAGGUUUUGAUAUACAGGAGGAGCAUCCAAGGCCGCAGUACUUGGCAAGGCUUGCACAUGUCAAAAGACAGGAAGUUAAUAUCGUGACGAAUAUAAUGGAACCGCAUGUGCCCUUCUGGCGGCUCAGGGUGCCCGUGACAAUCUUCAGUUUCUCAGUUGUUAUGCUCUUGGUCACUUUGGCCUUAGCUACUGUUGUAGCUAUAGUAGUGUACCGGAUGUCCGUUUUAUUCGCUUUGAGGGUUUAUGCUGAUAAGGUUGAUAACAGUCAAGCUAUUCUAUUUACAACAUGUACAGCUGCUUGUAUUAAUUUAUUCUGUAUCGUAAUUUUUAAUUGGUUUUAUAACUAUGUGGCUGAAUAUUUGACAGAAUUCGAACUUUUGCGCACGCAGACCGAAUUCGACGAUUCCUUAACGCUCAAAAUCUAUCUUCUGCAGUUCGUGAAUUAUUACGCUUCCAUUUUUUAUAUUGCAUUUUUCAAAGGCAAGUUUACUGGCUCUCCGAAAGAAUACACUAAGCUGUUUGGCUUCCGACAAGAAGAGUGCGGCCCUGGCGGCUGCUUAAUGGAGCUCUGCAUCCAACUCGCCAUAAUCAUGAUCGGCAAACAAGCCAUGAAUACGGUCCUGGAAAUGCUCUUUCCACUAUUUUACAAAUGGCUAAACACCGUCAAAGUCAAAACUGGGAUUUCCAAAGAUCCGUCAUAUAAAAAAUCGCGGCCUCAGUGGCUGAAAGACUACAAGCUUGUGGAGUGGGGCCCUAGAAGCCUCUUCCCUGAAUACCUCGAAAUGGUUUUGCAAUAUGGCUUCGUGACUAUCUUCGUAGCGGCUUUUCCGCUAGCGCCGUUUUUCGCACUGUUGAAUAACGUCCUUGAGAUGCGUCUCGACGCCCGGAAGUUGAUAACGUUUUAUCGACGACCGGUCAGUCAGCGAGUUAAAGAUAUAGGAGUUUGGUACAGGAUUUUGGACUCGAUUGGGAAACUUUCAGUUGUGACAAAUGGGUUUAUUAUUGCGUUUACGUCCGAAUUCAUCCCACGUAUCAUAUACAGGGUGUACGUGAGUCACGAUCACAGUCUAAGCGGAUACCUGAACUUCUCCUUGUCAAUUUUCAACACUUCUCACUUUCAAAACGAAUCAGCGCCUCGUAAUUACGCUGCGGAGGAGAUAUGCAGAUACCCCGAUUUCCGGGAACCCCCGUGGUCACCCCAACGGUACGAACCAACAGCCAUCUACUGGCACAUUUUGGCCGCGCGUCUAGCUUUCGUCGUCGUCUUCGAAAAUAUCGUCGCUUUUAUCAUAAUUAUAAUAAAAUGGUGUAUUCCUGAUAUACCGGGUGAUCUAAAAGACCGCAUCAGACGUGAGGCGUACAUUACGAAUGAAAUUAUCAUAAAACAGGAGACAAUCAGGGCUCAGAAUGGCUAUUUGUAUUCGUCACCUACAAUAAAAAGAGAAUUUUUGCAUAAUAUGAGUGAGUGCCCUGCCACUCCUGAACAGUGGGAUAGGUUGUUGAGUAGGUCGUUGGAAGGGCCUGAUUUUGAUCUGAUGGUUCAUGCCGAGGGUGCAGGGCAUUCUAUUCGAGAACCUUCUACUACGUAGUUCCUUCUAACUAGUCGUUUUAGUUAAAUAAGGGUUUUGUUUGAUAUUUAAUAAGUUGAAAAAAGUUUCAGAACAUGAAUACCGGACUGUUGUGCCUUAUUAUGAAAUCAUUAGUUUCAAAAAUUAAACUACAAAACAUGUUUACCACAUUAAAGACAUUAUUGAGAAUUUAAGAAUUUCAACAACAAAACAUACUUCUAAAUACGUAGAAAAUGGUAUUAAACGGAUUUCUAGAAGUAAGUUUUCUAAUUUUUGUUAAGCACUGAUUUCUUCCAUUAAAAGGUGAUUAAUUUUGCUUCCUAAUACUCUUAGUGGAUUUUUAAGACUUUUUUAGAAUAUGUGAAGAACUGUUAAUUACAUUUUUUAUAAUAAUUAAUUUUACAAUUUUCAGUUUUCUACGUGAAUACUGGAAGUAAUUUUUUUGAGAUUUUACAUUUUGAGAUUAGCCAAGUCACACACAGAAAAUCUUAUUACGUAUUUUUGUACUUAAAAAAAUUAAAUCGUUACUUAAAAGUUUAUCGAACCAACGAAAUUCUCUCAUGAUAUUUUUUCAUUGUCUAAAUGUAACAUUUAUAGGCUGUUGGCCAUUUUUUUUCGAAAUAAUGUUGUUCUUUCAUGAAACUGAACAUUGCAGUUGUAAACUUCAGCAAUGACACUGUUUAUUUAAUGUGUUUUAAUAAAAAAAAAUCUGUAAGAUGCGUUUUU